UCUUUCUUGGACGGACGUGUCUGUGAAGUCUGUUUGAGCAAUAAAGCCAACAACUGAUCUUACUACUGAUCUUACAUUUGCAAUCUAUAGUUUUAGUGUCGAACAUUGUUUGCCAACGCGACAGUGUUAACUAUCUGUAGGCACUUUUAUCGCGCUCAUUUGCGUAAAUCAGCGAUGGAUUUUCUUUGGUUCGUGAGUUUCUCCUUGACUUUCUGCGCCUGGUGUGCAUCUGCGGAACGGCACAGCGUAUUCUGGAAUAGCACAAAUCCCAAUUUCAUCUGGGACGAGUACACGGUGGCGGUCAGCAUCAACGACUACCUGGACAUCGUCUGCCCGCACUACACGCGCGGCGAGAUCCCGUCCCAGGAGGCCGAGCGCUACGUGCUGUACAUGGUGGAGCUGGAGGACUACGAGGCGUGCAAGCCGCAGUCCUUCGACCAGCUGCGCUGGGAGUGCUCGCGCCCGUUCGCCGCGCACGCGCCCGAGAAGUUCUCCGAGAAGUUCCAGCGCUUCACCCCCUUCACGCUGGGCAAGGAGUUCCGCGUGGGAGAGAGCUACUACUACAUCUCCAAGCCUCUGCACCAUCAUGGCCAGGAGUGCAUGCGUCUGAAAGUGGACGUUGUUGGCAGCCAUGGACAUCAUGGCUCAAAGCACCACAAGAAUACUGGCGAGAAGAAGGUGGAGAAGGAGGAGGAGAAGGACUCACGGGUGGGGGCAGGUGGCGGAGUGCACAACCCGUCCAACAGACUACCAGCUGAUGACCCUGUGGCCAUGAUCCCUGUGGUGCAGAGGAGUGUUGGCAGUUCAGCGGUGUCCCUGUCCUCCCUCUCCCUCCUCCUGACGUCUCUCCUCGCACUCCUCGCCCCUCUGCUGCACUGAGACUGAGCCUCCAAAAGAAAAUUACCAAAAAACAGCAACAACAACAGACUGACUAAUGUGGACUCCAAACAGUUUUGAACCUGUUUCAAACCAGUUUUAAACUUUGGACCGCGCACAACACAAAGACUGAAGCAAGCGCGGGACGCUGUGCACCAAUGGAAAAAAAAACAUUUUAUAAUGAAGUUUUCUUUUCUUUUUUUUAAUAUAAAGGCGAUGUGUCGCCUGUGAGACGAGGUGUUUGUUUGACGCUUGAUUGAAGUGUUUUUUGUGUGCUUGUUUGCCAGUGUGUAUGUGUGUGUGAGAAUAUGUGGGAGUGAAUGGCGUGGUUCCGAGAAAACAAAAGUAUUUUUUGAAGGAUUUUCCCUCUUUCUUCUGAUGGAUUUCACCUCACAAUUUUGUCUCCAAUUCUUGAUCUUUUUUCAUGUGGACGGUUCCUUUCUAAGCUCCUAUCGCAUUGUGAAAUGAACAAGGAGUGAAGAUACCUUUCCAUUCAUCCACUUGACUUCUAAACAAAAAAAAAUAAUAUAAGUGAACUCUAAAAACUGGAAUCUUUCAAGAAGAUAACAUAACAUAAAUGUCUAUCCAGGUGUAAAAAAAGUGAUCAAUAUUGUACCUCUUGACUCAAAGGCCACAGUCGUAAUUCAUACCUAUGCUAUUGUAUCACUGUUGUAUGAGUUGUAUUGUAUGGCCAGUGACACACACUAAUGCGUCCCUCCAGCCCAGCCUUUACUCCUGUCGAAGUGUAGCAUUUGUUCAGUACUCUGGGUGGUGGCUGUCUCUUGCAUCAUGUACCUGCAUCUUUCAUUGGAAAACUACAGUUUACAGUCCAGUCUCUUCUGUAAAGCAAACACCCACACACACAGUCUUGGGUAAGAAGCUGGUCUUUUUUCCAAGACACCUACUCAUACUACACCACCACCCACACACACACACACACACACACACACACACACACACACACACACACACACACACACACACACACACACACACACACACACACACACACACACACACACACACAUACACACACACACACACACACACGCACACACACACACACACAAACACACAUUACUGGUACAGUUGGUUUUCUUUACAUCCCGCAUUAUCACACAUAAUUACACAUUAUGCCAAUACAGAGGUGCCGUUUGGACUGAAGUGAUGUAGACACUGAAGCAUUUGACAAGUACAGAGUCUGUUUUGUUUACUUGUGUUUUUUCAUCCAUUUGUAUAUAUUGUAAGUUUUGUAAAUACGAAAGAUUAUAAGGCAUAUGCUUAUUUGUUAAAUAUUGAUAAUGUGAAACGAACAAAAUGAAAAUAAAAACACAAAAUUGUUGAG